CUUCGCAAGCACUUGAAACAUGCCAGCAUUGUACUGCUUCAUGACAUUAUCCAGACCAAGGAGACACUAAUGUUUGAUUUUGAGCACGUGCACCCAGAUCUAGCACAGUACCUGGGCCAGCAUCCUGGAGGAUUUUUUUUUUGUCUUUUCAUAUUUCAGGUUUUGUGUGGCCUGGCUUAUAUCCAACAACAACACAUUCUUCACCCUGAUCUAAAACCUCAGACCUUCCUUGUCAGUUGCCUUGGUAAACUCAAAUUAGCUGACUUUGGCAUUGCUUGUGCCAAGUCCAUCCCCAGACAGACAUACUCCCCUGAAGUGGUGACAAUCUGGUACUGUCCUCCUGAUGCCUUUUUUGGAGCUAUAGAUUAUUCUUCUAGUCUAGAUAUCUAGAGUGCAGGCCGUAUAUUUGCUGAAGUUAUCCAUGUCCAGCAAAUAUUUGCAGGAACUUCUGGUACUCUCAAACAGCUGGCGAAGAUCUGUGUGGGGAAACUGGUUGCUUCCAGGAGACCUCAGCGACUCCAAGUCAUCUGUGACAGGCCUAGCAGGGUGCCAGCAGUGAAGGAUUUUGCCUCUGGGAUGCUUACAGCUGUCCUUCAAGGUCACAUCUUGGUGCAAGAUGCACUGCUUCAUGGCUUCUUCAGCCCUGUACCUCCUCAGCUCUAUCAGAUUCUUACCGGCUUAUUUGUAGAGAAAAAGGCAUUUGGAACACCCCAGCAGCAACAGUUCUUGAGCACUCUGGCAAUGGCUGUUGCAGUGCCAAAAUGUCUAAGAACUGGUACAAGCAAAUACAUUCUCAAACUCAAUUCCCAUAGAGAACAAGAGAUGCAGAUAUAA